AUGUCCGAGCAUGAAAGGCAGCAGCCGAUUUUAGAGAGAUCCAGUUCAAGUGCACGUUCAAACUCAAUGCCAAAACCCUCGAAGAGCCAGCAUGCAUCUAAAACAAAGAAAUCGGGGUUUAAAGGAAUGAAUCAGAGUCAUGACAACGGUGCUUCUAAGUUAUCUCUAGCUUUUAAGGGGGCUUCUUCUGAGUAUCUUGAUCCUCAUCGGUUAGAAUCAGAGCAGGAUGUGACGAUUCUGAAAGAAUUGACGGAGAAAUUACAAGGUGAGGUUGGGUUGGAUAUCUCAUCUACUAAGAGGGAGUCUUCUUAUGAGACCUCUACUGGUGUGACUACCACGGAGAGCGAAACAUCUCGUUCUCGUGCAUCCACGUUGCGUACUAAGGAGUCUCGAACUGCUAGCAACAAUGGUACUUCUGGAGAAAUCACAAGUGAUGGACGGACUAUGAGCGAAGAAUUGAAGACGUCUGUUGGAAACUUUCAUAUUUCUGCCAAUUAUAUGAAUCAGGGAAAUAAGCGUUCCAAGAAGCAGUCUAUCGAGUCUCAAAAUGGAAAUAGCGCCAAUUUCCCCAUAUUAACUAUAGAAAUUCCCGGUGGAGAACAUGAGAUCUCAAAAUCCGAUGAGAAUAAUACUCCGGAACAGACGAAAAGGGCCUCUAAAGUCGAAGAUGUGAAGUCAUCAAAGGAUAGAGUGUCCGAGUCCAAAUCCAAACCCACAGAAAUUUCCGUAAUGGACACUUCUUUAUAUUCCGAGCCUAUCCUUCUGGAGGGAAACGAAGAGGAGGAUCUUUCGGAAGAUGAUAUCGAUCCAAAGUACGAGGAGAGAGAGGUUGAUUACAUUCCAGGUGGAUAUCAUCCUGCAUUCAUUGGAGAAAUGUACAAGGAUGGGAGAUAUGUUCUUGUAAGAAAGCUUGGAUGGGGACAUUUCUCCACUGUUUGGUUGGCCAAAGACCUUAAGAGAAAUCAUCAUGUUGCCAUGAAAAUUGUGCGAAGUGCCCGAAACUAUAGAGAAACCGCCAUUGACGAAAUCAAGCUCCUUUCAAAACUUAAUCAUACAGACCUAGAACAUCCCGGACAUGCACAUUUAGUGAAGCUUCUCGAUUAUUUUGAUCACCAAGGUGAGAACGGUACCCAUAUUUGUAUGGUUUUUGAAGUUCUUGGUGAGAAUCUGUUGAGUCUCAUAAGAAGAUACAAGCAUCGCGGUCUUCCUGUACGAUUUGUAAAGCAAAUAGCCAAGCAGAUUUUAUUAGCUUUGGAUUUUCUUCACAGAGAAUGCGGCAUCAUACAUACCGAUAUCAAGCCUGAAAAUAUCCUGCUUGAAAUAGCGGAUGUGGAAAAAUUAGUACAAUACGUGGAGGAGUCUGAAAGAGAACGUAAGAUCCUUAAGGAAAUAUCCGGUCGUUUGCUCAGUGGAGAGCCUAUGAGUGCAGGGGCUUCUGGACCACCAAUUCCUACCGGUAGAAGUCGUCAUUCCCGUCGAUCUAGUAUCAUAACGGGUUCUCAGCCACUUCCGUCUCCUCUACGUUCAAGAUCCAGCUCGUUUUUUUCCAAUGGCUCUAGUUCUAUAGGUUUUGGAAGCUCUGCAUCUGGUAAUCCGAAUUCCGGCUACUCUGGACCACGAAGUUCCAACCUCGCAGCGUUUGGAAUCCCAAGGUCUGGUGUGUUGAUUAAUAAUGUCAGUACGAGAGGUACUCCAUCCACUGCGUCACUUUCUCUUUCGGGUAUUUCUGUGCCUUCAUCGAUGUCCUGCCAAGAUGUACAGAGUUUAAUGCUAAAACGCAACAAGUCAGAUAGAGAUAUGUUUGACGCCGACCCUCCUCAGGAAGAAGAUAUCGAGGACGACGAUGUCGUUAAAGUAAAGAUAGCCGAUCUAGGAAAUGCUUGCUGGAUAUUUAAGCAUUUCACCAACGAUAUUCAAACCAGGCAAUAUCGUUCACCAGAAAUCAUUCUUGGAGCUGAUUGGGGGUGUUCUUCUGAUAUCUGGUCGGUUGGGUGUCUCCUCUUUGAGCUAUUAACAGGUGAUUACCUUUUUGAUCCGACUGAAGGCCCUAGUUUCAGUAAAAAUGACGACCACCUUGCACAGAUAAUUGAAUUGGUCGGAUUCAUUCCCAAGUAUCUGAUCCGAGAUGGAUACUACGGCCACAGGUACUUCCGCUCGGACUAUAAAACUUUACGUCAAAUUAAGAAUUUGAAGCCCUGGCCGUUAGAAAGCGUUCUUCUUGAGAAGUACAAGUUCAGCGAGACUGAUGCUCAUGAGAUUGCGGACUUUCUUUCCGGUAUGCUCAUUUCUGAUCCGAAAUUACGUAUGGAUGCUGCAGGUUUAUCAAAUCACUAUUGGUUGAACGAUUGUCAAAUCGAGGGAUAUAUUGAUCGUGAGCCGGGAACCAGAGGUGAGGAUAUUGGUGAAGGUUGGUAUAAGGAGAUCCGUAGGGCCCAUCAUCACCGCAGGGAGCAGCAACAAGAAUAA